UUUGAAAAUAAUUGCUAGUUUAAACUGUUUCAGAUUUGAAAGAACUUGCUAUUGUCUAAUUAUUUGCUUUCUAAUUUAUGAAUAAUUUAGGAGAUUAGUAUUUAGUUGUAAUAUUUCUCAAAUGUGAGUUUUGAAAAACAAAAGGAAAACUAAAGCAAAAUAUAUCUAUUAGCUUUUAUUAUUAAUAUAUUGACUUGCAUUUUUUGUGUACGUUAUGCUCAAACUUUUAUUUGUCCCCCCCCCUCCCUCUAGGUAAUAGAGGAAUAUCAAAUUCUUGCUAUAUAGUAUAUUAUUUAUAGUCUGUUAUAGUCCUGUGUUAUAUUAGCAUCAGUAUCAAUUCAAUAAAAAUAUCGAUGUUUUCUAAAAAAAUUAUCAUGCAAAAUAUUUAGACCAUAUAUCUUGUUUAGCUAUAAUCUUUUUUCAAUUUAUUAAACUUAUUCAUGCGCCUUUCUUUAAUAUUAUUUUUUCUAUUACAAGUUAUCCACAGUAUAAUUUUGCAAUGUGCAGUUACAGAGAAAAGAAGUCGGAACCUACGGAAAUGAUGCAGAAUAUACUGUAGAUUUUGUUGAACUAGUGCUUGAUCUUGAAGGUGGGAGGUUUUUCUUCAAUGCGGUUAAAGAAGGUGAUGGCGUACUUUAUGCCAGUGACGACGAAAAUGAGUGCCAUCUAUGGAUCGUGGCUAUGUACAGGGCUACAGGACAAUGUCAUAAACCAACUCCUCUUGUUCAACAUCAAACCAGCAGAAACUCUACCAUAUCUAGGUUACAAGGAGGUAUUGCUUCCCUUUUGGUCGACCAGAAGGUGCGCUUUCCUUGUUGGAGAGGGAUACAAGGACCUGGAUAGUGAUACCACAAGUAUCCACCAUCACAAGAUGAAGGGCCACUCCUGCCUCAGGCACCCCGACCAACCAAAUUUUCAAAUUUUGG